GAAUCCAAUGCAAAACUUUACGGGUAGCGUUGAGUGAUACUUGUGUUUUGUCUUAUGAUAGUUCCUUGUAUUUUCUAGCUGCAAUCUAUCUCUUUGCUAUUUUGAAACCGUAUGCCAAGUGCUUUCUUCGGUUUAGUCAUCAAUAAUGAGGGUAGCCGGCCAACGUUCAUUAGACUUUGGUUUUUGGAUUUUCUUCUGGUGGCUUCAAAGAUGAAACCAGAUAUUUUACUUCCUCGUUCAUUUAUUCGGAAGAAUCAGUUGUACCCAUUUCAAGUUGUUGUUGUGAAUGACAAAUUCCCUGCAGUUAUUGGGCUUUCAACGUCGGACAGUAUUGAAAUUCCUGAGAGCACUGUAUCCAGGUUUGGAUCAAACAUGUCCGAAAGAUUUACUAUCCAGUUACCAACUCGGGUGACACCAGCAAAGUUGUUAAAAAUGGAGAUAACAACACCAAUAGACUCCGUACUUCUUCCUCUCCUGGAAGCAAGUGUAUAUUACAGAUUGCUUCAAAGUCUUGAAGUAGUCUCUACAUCUGGGGAGUUGUUUUCAAUGCAGAGCACCUGUAAUAAGUCUGUGAAAAAAGAGUCCGAUUUUUCUCCGCAGCGCGACUAUUCCAGCUUUUCGUUUGAAUCAUUCAGCAGCCCUAAUAACUCUUGGUCAUGCGAAUUUGUUCAAUCCCUUUCAGAUCACCAUGUGUUUAAAAUUGGUGCUUCUACUCAAUUGAUUCUGGUUCAAGCUAAAGCUCCGCUUACUUCAUCAGUUGGUCUACAAGAUUUCGAAACUUCCAAGUUGACAACAAAAAACACUUAUAACAAUGGCAAAACCUGCAAUUUAUUUGGUUUAGAUGCAGUUGAAAAUAUUGUACUCAAUUAUCUAUAUAAUUUCUUAUUGACAUGCACACAAGGAAAUAAAACCGUGUUUUCUUCGACUGUAGAACCUGGAAUCGUUUUAUACGGACUUCCAGGUUGUGGGAAACGUACACUUCUUGAAAGUAUUGCCCAUGGUCUAAAUGGUUCGAGUUCAAUAACCGAGUCUUUGUAUGAAAAGUUAACAUUUAUUACACUCACUUCAAAAUUGAUCAAGGAGUUAAGUGAUGAGUCUUCUCAUUGUUUAUCUGCGGUGGAAUCAUAUAGAACACAGUUUUGGCUAAACAAUCUUAUCAACCAAUCAGAUGUUAUCAAUGAUAAAACUUGUAUUGCAGUCGUUAUUCUAUGGCCAAACAUUGAUAAAUGGAUCAAUACAGAUGAAAACGGGGAUACUAACUCUCAUACUACUGAAGUUGAUACAAACAGCGAGUUGAAAAAGUUCUCUCAAAUUCUAAAUCGACUCAUGGAAUUAAUUCUGUCUAUUAAUCAAACAUCUGCCGUUAACAAUGGGAAAGUGGUUUGCCGAUUUUGUAUUUUGGCGACAGCGACUACAAUAGAUAAAGUGUUUAGUAUUCAUGAAUGCAGAGAGCUUUUCUAUAGACGACUGUUGAUAUCACUUCCAGAUGCUAGAAGACGUUAUCAAAUAUUAUAUCAUAACAUCCAUUUGUAUUUAACUGAUGAGCAUAGUUUUGAUACAGAUGAAUCUUUGAUGAAAAAUUCCAGUAUAAAUAACCAUUCAUAUGGUGAUAGUGUUGAUGAGAAUGAAAAUCUUAUUCACGUUGCAGCUCAGUUGCAUGGUUAUACACCUAAGGAUUUAGUUCGUCUGGUCCAAGUUAGUUAUGCAGCUUUCUUAUCCAAACAAAAUGACUGCUCAGAGGAUUUUUCGAAACGUAAAGACUCCUUCAACAGGGAACAAAUGAAUGUUUUCUGCAAAAUUUUGAUGAAUGAAUCUCACUCCUACUUGCCGAUUAAUCUCUCUCAGCAUAUCAGUUCAGUGGAUCCCUUACGAUGGACUGAUAUUGGUGGAUAUAAUGAACUGAAAUUAUUACUCAAAACUAUGAUACAGGAUCGUUUAAUCAGUGCUGCCAAACCUAAUAGUCCAGAUGCACAAGCUGACGCUGCCUUACUCCUUCGCGUACCACGUGGUAUAUUACUUCAUGGUCCUCCUGGUAAAUUCGCUUUUCAUAUUUAUUUUUUAGGCGUUUAUUUUGUUAUGAUCCACGACGAUAGUCGAAGUAAUAUAUUAUCCAUGGAUUGUACAAAUAUUGGUCGUUAUGUUGGUGAUAGUGAACGUAACAUGCGAAGAAUUCUAGUCCAAGCACGUGCUUCUGCGCCUGCUAUUCUAUUCAUUGAUGAAAUUGAUCUGUUACUUCCUACACGUAGCUCAGGAGAAACUAGUGCAAGUGAACAUGUUCUAGGCGAAGUUUUGAUGGCAAUGGAUGGAGUUGAAGGUCAAAAUGGACAAUUGAUUCUUGUAGCUGCAACUAACAGAAUGGAUAAAUUGGACUCAGCACUUAGCCGUGCAGGUCGUUUUGAUUUAGUCAUCGAAGUUCCGCCUCCCGAUGCAGCAGCACGAGCAGAUAUUCUACGUUUAGAACUAUCGAAACGUGCACUGUUGCACAAAUCACUACUGGAAUGUAAAUGGUUAAAUUCAUUUGCUGAAAAUGACCUGAGUGACUAUACAGGCGCAGAAGUUGUACAAGUUGUUCAACAGGCUGCUCAAUUAGCUCGACAAGAUGGUUCCAAUCGAAUAUCUAAGCAUCAUUUGACACAGGCGAAAAUUCUUUUACCACCUCGUUCACUAAUGAAUUUUUCUUCCCAAAGUGUACAAAUGAAUAAGCAAUCCAAUAUUUCAACUGCCAAUCUGUUUGUACAUUAUAAAUUUUUGGUGUUCUCCAUUGUCAUUUUGUUAAUUGCUGUACUCUUACAUACUGUUCAUAUUGGUGUUUAUAGUUUCACCUGA